AUGAUGAGAAUCGGGGUCCGUUUCUUCGGUAUGAGUGCUGCUCUUCGGGCAGUUGCUCCACAGAAGGUUGUUCCUUCGAUAGCGGCAAAGCAAUUCAUUCCCCAGGAUGCCGCAAGAUCCAAAAUUAGGUCGCUCAAGCGUCGUGAAAAUCGACUCAAGCGUCAAAUUAUUCGUGAUGUCAACAACCUUAAAAAGCAUAAUCUUGAAAAUGUCAAGUUCCAGGUGGAUCCGGUUUUGGGAGACGCUUCCAAUUCGUUUGUAAAAAGGAUUAGAGAACAGAUAGAUGACCAAAAUAAUUUGGCUUAUGGAUAUCUGAGAGAAGAGUUUGAAAAAUUAUUGUAUGGAGCAGAGAAGGCUGGAUUGGACAAGGGGGUGAUGGGCAACCCUGUGUUGUAUGACUCACUCAAGGCGACGGCGGAGCGUAAAAGAAGGGCCCUUUUGACCAUUUUGCAUGUUAAAAACACCAAUGUUGCCGACAAGAAAAAGAUGGCGGUGAAACUUGCACGAGAAGAAUUCCAGAGACAAGAAGGAGAUACCGGAUCUGCCGAGGUCCAGGCUGCGGUUUUGACAGCUCGUAUUCAUUUUGGCAUGGACCAUGUUCGUACAUUUCCUAAGGACAAGGCACACUUACAAAGAGUGAGAGAAAUGGUUCAACAACGGCAAAAAAUGCUCAAGUAUCUUAAGGCAGAUGACCCUGAAAGAUACUACUAUGCUAUCGCAAAAUUGGGUUUGACAGACGAUGUUGUGACCCGGGAAUUCAACAUGGAUAGAAAGUACUUGCAAGAGUACAAGGUGUGGGGAGACAAGCAACUUGUCAAGUUGUCGGACAAGCAAAAGAGAAAGGAACAGCAAUUCACCGAGUUGCAGAAGAGGGUUGUUGGAUACAACCAAUUGACCAAGAAAAACUUCGAGCAGAUCUCAGGCAUGAAGAAAUGA